AUGGCGGACAAGUACAUCCUCAGGGUCACAGCAGGCCCAUCAUAUGACCUGGCAGACCACACCGAGGUCCCGGUGAACAGCCCCACGCCAGUCAAGAUCAGCACGGAGCACAUGGACGUCGAGCUCAACGUGCGCAUACAAAAUUACCAUGGCCUGCCGCGCAACUCGCCAGCAACCUCCCCUUACUUCGACCAGGAGCCUCACAGCAAGAACAAGGACCAGUACAGCAUUGCAUUCCAGUUCACCCCCAAGGCGCCGGGACCUGCCAAAACCCCGGUAAAUGCCGAGCACGUCGACCCGGACGACCGAGAGCCAGGAGGAAUCUCUGCCUCAGACCUCCAGUUUGGCAAUGACUUUGACCACCCCAUCCGCGACCGCCUCCCACCUGGCUUUAGCUAUGCCAUGAAGAUCGUGAAAUGGUGGAUCGACCCAGGCCUGGACGGUGACCCUUACGCUGACAGCCCGUAUCUCUUCGGGCCCGCACUCUCGUCCUUUAACCAUGUCGGCCCGGCUGUUCUUGACGAGUCCAAGGGUGGGCUGUGGGUCGAGGAAGGCGGUGACCAGGAGUGGAGGGAAGACGUUGGCGCACCUGACGAUGCCAGGGCGAGGAUGAAGUGGGCAUUGCAGGAGGACAGCAAGGAGGACUGGGUAUGGGAGUACGGGCGGACAUAUGCGGUGGAUUUCUUCAACGCCUACCUGGACUUCAGUGAGUUUGCGCUGAGGCUUCCUGGGUAUGCCGUACCAAUCAUGAAGUACUGGGACGGCCAGGGGCUGAGAUACGUUCUUCGAAACAGGAGCACCGGUCAGAUAUUUCUCACCGUUCUAUUCACUCUCUAUCUCAAGGAGGAUGUCAACGAGGAUGGCACUCUCGAACCCGAAGCCAGCCGCGCAUACACCUCACAUGCGCCUGCCACGGCCGAGGACCAGGCUGUGACUGUGAACAAGGAGGACGCCAACGAGCCUGAUUUCGACGGGGAGGCAGCACUGGAGCAAGCUAGGCGACACCUCAGUGACGUCGACCUACAUGGGCAGAAGACCGUGUCAACGGACGAGGGGGACACCGUAGACUAG